AUGUCUCUUCAAGCGUCGCCUCGGCAGGAAAUCAGAAGGCUGCUGAGGCGGCGAAACGUCGCUGUCGUGCCCAAGAACCAGCAAAGUCUUCUCGAGCAGCCAAGCUCAUGGGCCGUCGACUUCAAGGGCAAGCUGGAUAGUCGGGCCCAUAUUCCCGGCGACGUUCUCGAGACGGUCAAGGCGGCGUACCAGAAUGCUAGCCAAGUCCGCGACGACCAGCCAUCAAUACCCAGCGGUGCUCCAGAUGCCUUUGACUCUGUAAGGGACGAACAGGUUGUUGGAGCCACGAAAGAUGGCGGCUUGGCAUCCUCGUCUCCCGAGACCCUGACGUCUUGGGAAUCAUCGUCAUCUGAAAGCCUGCGGAAUGCAAGGCGCCAAUGGGUCCGACUGGAGAAAGAUGCGUCGCCAUCACCGGCUCAAACCCAGUUGGAGAGUGCCUCCCUCGUUCGAGAGAUGCCACCGGCCAUGGCCCCGCCUCCGUUGCCACCCCCUCGACUUGAACAAGCGCCCGUCUACGAAGAUGGCCUGGACAGCGACGAGGACUCGGAAACGGACUUGUCCCAACGUCGUGAACAAGUCGGCGUCAGCACAGCUCGCUCGCCACCGACGGCCACCCCUUCUCAGCCGCAGCAGACAUUUGAGGCGGGCGAGACGCCCCCCUGCGCCCAGAUGAGCCAGCCCAUCAUCCCAGACACAGCAGAGGCAGAAUAUCCUCCUCCUCGGUCCAGGCCUGACCCUGAGGGUCGGCGGCGUCGGCACAAGAUGAUUACGUAUGACAGCAGCCCCAUUAAGAAAGGGGCUACAGAAACGAGAAAAAUGCCAACGACGAAAGCAUUUGCCAGUGUCACGGAUAUGAGCAGUUCGCAUACUAAUUCAUCGAGCUCCAUUGUUCCGGCAACAUCAUCGAACUCUUCGGCGCUGAGUUCAGUCGUUCCCUCGAUCGAGCCAGUGGCGGAUUCGGGUCCACGAGCGCUCAGCAGCCAGUCUGGCGAAGACGCAGAGAAGGCGCCUGAGAGGGUCGCCUCCCCGCGUCCAGCGGCAGGCCUACCACCGGCAACGGAUCCAUCCCCUGUGAGCGAUCCUGGCCCUUGUUCGCAGAAACUGAACCCGUACGAGGCGUUUGCGGCCGUGUAUCCGAAUUAUCGAACGGAUCAUGCGGGGAGUCUGUGGAACUUUGUAAGGGGCUGCGUGUGCGUGGAGAUACUUCAAAAAGACAUGGCGCUAAGAGAAUGCCUGUAUGACGAUUUUAUCAGGGCCUUUUCUAGCGGCUAUCUGAAAUACGUUGCCGCCGCGGGUCCAGGUCGAGAGGCGGUCUCUGCCAUCGAGUGGUUCAGCAUGCUGCCGGGGGCACCUCUCUACAACCGCAUGGUGGUGACGAGGGGGUGCAUCGAUCAUGUGCUCCUUUGCUUCCCGAGGGAGGUUGCCAGAGCCCGCUCGAUCCUGAACAGAGAUGCGAGCGACAACAAUGCAGACCAGAAGAAGCCUCCUUCGGAACGACAGAACGGCGAACGAGUGCCCACAACCCCAACCAAGACUCCACCAUGCCCAGAGCGGGCGAGGCUCAAGGACAGGAAGGAACAAGCAGGACAGGCCCUGCAUUCGCAGCAGCGUGAGCGCACGAUGGUGCCCUCCAUUCCCCCGGCGUCGGAGAAGCGUAUUGAUGGCGAUCGGCGGACCGAAGUUGGCGCGUUGCCUUUCCAGCAGCGUGAGCGCGCAAGGGAGCCUGCGUUUGCCCAGAGGUCACUACUUGCCCCGGAGGUGGGGGCGGGAUCGGAGCAUGGUUCGGCCGAUGGCAUGGACGUGGACUUGCGAUCCAAGUCCCACGGCGCACCGUCACGAGCAGCGAGUUUUUCGGGUCCCAGCCGAUCCACCUUUACGUAUGAUUCGAAUGACACCUCGCUACCGCCAAGGAUCAGAUCACCAGCAGCCUUUUCUACCUCGUCACAGGUGUCGAGGUCAUCAAGGCCGUCGUUUUGGCCUUCGCGAACAUCCCGGCUGCUUGACCAGCUUGCCACCAAUACCACGACGGGGGCGAAGAAGCGGCCAGCGGAGGAGCAAUCGCGGCUACGAGAACACUUUAAAAAUAGAAGACUUCGCAAGAGCUCUGGAGGCAAGUGA